AUGAGUUCUCUCAUUGCUGCAAGGCAAGGCGUGCUGACAAGGGCACAAAAUCGUCUCAGUAGAAUUCUAAAUGCGCACUCAAAUCUGUUAAACCUUGACCAAGAAGACCACGACGUCAGAGAGAUACAAAGAUCGAUCAGGAAAGUGAAAGCUACGAUGCUCACAGAGGUGCAAAAAGUCGAAGAAGCUAUGGACCGAUACGCCGAAGCAGUGGACAACGCAGACAGAUCCCCUUCGAGAUCGGACCUUAUGGAGCGAACAGAAGCUCACAUUGAUGCCGCACAGACGCUUCUAGACGAUGCGCACAACUUCUUGAGGGAACUCACGGAACUUCAAGAAGAACUGAUGGAUUCGGAAAAGCGGAACAACCCCUCUUCGAGGAAUUCCGAAGUCACCCUAACGCCAAUCCCAAUACCCAAAUUUGAUGGAGACAUUUGGGAGUGGGAACCUUUUUGGCAGAGUUUCGAACGAAGCGUGCACUCUAAAAACAUCGAUGACAUGUACAAGAUGAGCUAUCUUCUCGACGCCUUACAAGGAGCAGCCAAGGAAUCAGUAAAGCAUUUCCAAGUAGCUGGUCACACAUAUCCUCUAGUAAUUGCCCAUUUGAAACGAAAGUAUGGAGACACGCAGGCAUUAGUGGAUCGACUCCUAAGUAAGCUCCAAUCGACCGAAGCAGACAGCGAUCAUCUCAAAGAUCAGGAAACCUUGUGCGAGCAGCUCACUUCAAUUACGUCACAACUGGAUCUCCACGGAGAACACAUCGAUAACACAUUUCUGCAGAAACAGCUUCUAGCGAAGUUCUCCGUAGACGUUCAAAGACAGAUUCUCCGUCAGAAAGCUAAGCUCCAAGCGGAAGGGACCUGGGACACCAUGACCCUGUUAAGGACCGCAAAGGAAUUCAUAGAAGCUGAAGUGAGAAUCAUGAGUCAAAUGGAACGAAAUGUCUUCAACAAUAAAAGGAGCCAAGAAAGGUUAAGAUAG